UACAAAGGUUGCAGCUCUGUGGGGUGAGGAUGCUGAUGCUGAUAGCGAUGUGGAGGAUUCGCCUGCAAUGGUACUGAAUAAAACGGAGGAGAAGGAGGAUCAUGCAGCGGAAUUCGAGAAAGAAUUAAAUGAACAGCAAAGAUAUCAGUUGAAGCGCAAAGGCGGUGGAGAAAAGAGGCGAAGACGGCGUCUGCCAGCUGCCCUUCAGGGUCUGAUGGGAGAAGCCAAUCUGCGUUAUGCUCGGCAGGAGUAUGACGAAGCUAUCAAAAUGUGCAUGGAGGUCAUUCGCCAGUUUUCUCAUUCUCCAGAGCCGUACCAAACACUAGGUAUGAUCUAUGAGGAGAAGAAAAUGGCAAACAAGAGUCUGCAGUUCCUGCUAAUUGCUGCAUUCCUUAGUCCUGAUGCAGAGGAGUGGGAAAAAUUGGCUGAUUUGUCACUGCACCAGGGUGACUUCCAGCAAGCAGUGUUCUGUUGGGGUCGAGCCAUAAAAGCAAACCCCCAGAACCUUGACUACCACUGGGCUCGCUGCGACCUCUUGGAGCGCCUAGGAGAAAAAAUGAAGGCACUGAAGGGCUAUUCCCACAUGCUGAAGUACUUGAGAACUGACCAAGGCAAGGAUGGAUUAAAGCUAGCAAAAGAGAUUGCAAAGAUACACUAUGAAAAUAAAGAUGUCCACUUAGCCCGAGAUGCUAUGGAAACUGCCUUCAGGAAGUACCCAUCCUAUGUUACCCCAGAGGAUGUAAACUUAAUGCUUGAAGUAUUAAUGCAUCAACAGGAGUAUACAAAGUGCAUAGAGAUUCUUAUCAAUCAUGCAGGAGUUCAACUUCUGAACAAGCAUGUAGGUGAAGAGGAAUUCCACAGUUGCAGUUUAGAGGAGCAGUUAUCCCAGGCAACUGAGUGCUAUGUUCCUGCAGACUUAUUGAUUGAUCUUCACACAAAGUUGACUGUGUCCCUGAUUCAUGUGAAAGCAUUUGAAAUCAGUGCGCCGCUGGUUGAGCAGCUGAUGAAUGAGUCAGUGGAGGAAUUUGGUGAUCUGUACUUAGACAUUGCUGAAGCCUACAUGGAUGUAGAUUUCCAUGAAGCUGCCCUCCAACUGCUGCGUCCACUCAUCAAUUCGGAUCACUAUAAUGUUGCUGCUGUUUGGCUUCAGUAUGGGGAGAGUUUGGCAGCUGUCGACCAGAUGGAGGAAGCUGCUGAGGCAUACAAUAAGGUGGUGAGACUGGCACCGCAGCAUGCUGAAGCCCGCCUGACUCUCUCCUCCAUCCUGCAGUCACUUGGCCGCCUGGAUGAAGCUCUCCUCAUCCUGAACCAAGAGAGUGACUUUGAGCCUUUGGACUCACAGCUCCUUUUCCAGCGAUGCAAGAUCCUGCUUGAUCAGAACCUUGUUGAUGAAUUCAUUAAUGCUGCUAAAUUGCUGUUCAGGAGGCAUUUUAUUCACAUUAGAAAUCGAGAUGAGGCUGAAGCCAUGAUCAGCAACAAGAAGCUGAGCAACAAAUACGAGGCCAUCAGAGAACUCCGGCGUUCCAAAAAUGAGAGUCUGGAAGACAAUGGACCAGCUUACACAGGGCCAGAUGUGUCCAUAGAAGAUCAGUGGGAACUCUUUACCAGUGUGUGUAAUAUCCUUCAUGAAAAGAAGAGGUUUGAAGAACUAGAAAGAAUGACUUUCACAGCCCUUGGGUCUAAAGAAUUUAUGAAGGACAAGGAACGUGCGAGAGAGGUUGAGUUCAUGUGUCUCUUAGCCUGUAUCUACAAUGAAAGCUCAUACUUUGCCUACAACAUUAUGAGGGAGCUGGUGAUCAAGAACCCUGAGAAUGUGAGAUGCUGGAACCUCCUCAAUCUCAUCAUCUCCAAAGCAGAUGACUUCCGCCACAACCGUUUCUUGCUUCGUCUGACCCACAAACACCCAGACCUGGUGGCCCUUGGAUUGCUCAAUGGCCACAACUGUUUGGUGGCCGGCACCUACAAAUAUUCCCUAGCAGAGUACACGGGUGCCUUCAAGCAAGACCCAAGCAACCCCCUCAUUCCACUCAUGCUUGGACUGACGUUCACCCACAUGGCCUGCCAGAAAUUCAGUGGGAAAAAGCACUCGCUGGUCGUGCAAGCCUGUGCAUUCUUAAAUACUUACGUCGAGAUGCGCGGAGAGUGUCAGGAAUCAAUGUACAACUUGGGAAGAGCCAUGCACCAGCUGAAUCUUCUCCCACAGGCUAUCCACUACUACAAACAAGCCCUUACCUGCCAGCCCGUUGAAUCAUUGGAAGGAGGCCCUAUGUUAGACCUCUCAAGGGAAAUUGCAUUCAAUCUUGCAUUGAUAUAUCAGAACAGUGGCUCUCCAGAUUUGGCAAGAAUGUAUAUGUACAAGUACAUACAAAUUUAGUUUGUUAAUUGAGUGUACAUAUGUUGUAAUGAAUACAUUCAUUCCUCUUUCUGGCAGUGGGAAUUUCAGAAUUUUGGGGACCAGUAGGGAAAUCCAGUAAACUAGGGUAUUAGAAUAUAUGUAGAAAAUUUAUCAUGGUCACACAUUUGAAUAGGUUUUGUAUGUCAUCAAAGGGAAACUUUACUUUCAGUAGGGAAUAUAUAGAAAAAAA